AUGGAGACAACAACAGAAACGCCGAGCAUGAAUAUCAUGUGCCAUGAAGCAGUCAAUGCUCGUCAAACAAGUCCAACAGUGCCCGGAGAGUUUAUAAGAAGUGCCUUUUUAAACGGCUUCAUUCCGAAGACACCAGAUCCUUUCGCUACCAAUCAAAUGCCAGCAUUUGUGCAUGUAAGACCAUUUCCACCAAACGUUACUCCAUUGAGAAUCAACUGUACUAAAGGAGAUGUCGUUAGAUGCUCACAUUGUCACGCUUACUUAUCCCCAUUCAUUAAAGUUGAUAAAGGAAAUCAAGCUUGGAGAUGUCCUUUGUGCAAUAGGAUAAACUCAACUAUCCAUUUCACUUCGACCUUCGAUAUGACUUCCAAAACAGACAGACCAGAGCUCCAUAACAUGGUAUUCGACCUUAUUUUACCUAAAGAGCAAUAUAAGAAGCGUUGUGAAACCCGUUCUUUCCUUUUUAUUGUAGAUGAAAACGUAUUAUCCGACAAAAAUGGCUGUUUCGAACAAACAUACGAAUUUUUCGCUUCAUUGAAAAGCAUGGUUCAGCCAGAUGAUAUUAUUUCUUUGAUUACUUAUGGAGGUUCGACUUCAGUCCUUAAUAUUGAAAAAAUGACAGCAAUGUUAUAUCCAGAAUAUGAUCCAGAGAUUGCACAAUUACCAACUCCGACGAAAAUCGGAAACAAUUACGAGAAUUUACUUUCAUAUGUAAAAUCUUGCCUGAAUCAUAGGGAAACAUUCACUCCCAACCUCGAGGAUGCGAUCAAAUGGGGAUGUUUACUUAUGGAGAAGUUCGGUGGAAGAGCAAUUCUCCUUUCAACAGGAAUUGCUCCACAAAACACUUCAGAACUUGUUCCAUUACUCGAAAAAUCAGUGAUGUCUUUAUCAGUUUUGACAUUCAACCACUCUCCACCUCUUCAAACCCUUUCUAUCAACACAGGAGGUGAAUAUUCAACGUACAGCAACCCAGCUUUCUUACAAUCCAUAUUUGCAUUACCAUGUGCAUGGGAUACACAGUCAUAUUUGCGAGUUCCAGACGAUUCUACUAUAAUUUCAAUUAUGGGAAAUUGUUUUGUCGACCAAAACGGAAUUGUCACUCAGCCAACAGUUGAUCAGAAGACAUCUCUUACAUUUACACUUUCUCUGCAAGCAGGAGCUUACAAAGACUUAAUUAUGCAAUUUGCCUUCAGAUUCACUGAUUUAGAUGGCAAAAGAAUAUUGCGUGUUAUCAAUGCAAAGUUCAGUUUAACUGAUUUUGUCCAGCCAUGUUUAGAUGAACCUUCAAUUGCUCUUUAUUAUUUAAGAAGAUUACCAAACGAAACUAAUCAAUCUUUCUUCAAUCAGAGAGCAAGUUACAUCAAAGGAUUCAUCAAACAAGGUACAAUAAUGCCAAGAGCCCUUUAUUUGAUGAAUCAAAUUGAUGAAAUGAAAUCUUUCAUUUCAAGUGCUUCUGUUGAAAGAUUUGCUUUGGCUGUUGUUCCAACAGAAGUUAUCUACAAGGAAACUAAAUACAGAGCUCUCUGGACUUAUAAUAGAUUCAUUUUAGAUUCAGCUCCUUCUGAUGAGUUUGCAACAAAUAUAUUAGCCCUUAUUAAGUUUUUAGGUACUGAUUGGCUGCCAAUUGAUUUCAAUAACAGUCAAGAAAAUCAAAUUUUGUUGGCUUCUGAAGAAACUUACGCAAGUGAUUGGUAUCUGAAGCUUAUAACACAGAACAUGUCAUAUUAA